AUGGACUAUAUCAUAUUUACGGCUUGGAAUAUAAUGCUUCUGAUUGCAGCAGUUAUUGUUUAUACCGGAUGUCGACGGUCUUAUUCCAUAUAUUUCUUUGAGCGUGAUAUAAAAAAAGUCGUAUUCCUAGGAAAUGAAGGCGCAGUUGCCACCCCAAUAGUGCUGUCAGUUUUGUUGAUUAUCUUACAUCAUACUUUAAAACUGUCUGAUGAUAAUGAUAUGAAAGAAAAAGUGACAAAACAAAAACGACCCAAGUUACGAACAACAAGUAUAUCAUAUCAACUAAUGGAAAAAACACCUACAAAAUUGGAAGAUAUUUCAGAAUCAGCUGUUCCAGACAGUAAAUUUUUUCACUAUCAUGAAACAUUAAUCGUAAUUUGUAUUGUUGCUCAUUUUGAAAAUUUUUUAAAUUCCUAA